CGCCAGCCCACCCCCUCACAACCCUCUCCGCGCGCUGCCUGCGCUUAAAUCAGGAUAAAAGACUCACGGCGUGUCGUUCCCACCUGUUGCGUUCUGCUGGGAGCACUUCGGAGAAAGUUGUGGAACUCAGGAGGGAACAGCAGCGCAGUGAUCAGCUAAAGAUCAGCUGAGGAUCAGCCGGCUUUGUUCUCUGCGCGGCGAGAGGAGCGCGCGCUCUCAGCACAGAGAACCAGAACCAGCUCCAGAAACAGAAGACAGGAUUUUGUUUGAUCUGAAGUGGAAUUUGACACUUUUUUCCCCUCCUCACGAGACGCUCCAACUCGCGUGCAGCUGGCCGAGAGCGGAGAAGUGCCUCGCGGAACAUCUCGAAGAGCAGCUCGAGCUCCAGCUCCGGGACAAAGUUUUGGGAAGUUUGGACGGAACAGCAACGAACAAGAGGCUGCCUGUUGCCGGACGGAGAGGCAUGGAUGCGAGCCAGAGCCUGCGCUUCAUCCUCACCAUCACCCUCCUCGCCUGCAGCUCCCAGAGACCGGCGCACGCGAACUCGUGGUGGUCUUUAGCCAUGAACCCCAUCCAGAGGCCGGAGAUGUACAUCAUCGGAGCUCAGCCGCUGUGCAGCCAGCUGACGGGUCUGUCGCAGGGCCAGAGGAAGCUGUGCCAGCUCUACCAGGACCACAUGGUGUACAUCGGCGAGGGGGCCAAGACUGGCAUCAAGGAGUGCCAGUACCAGUUCAGACAGAGGCGGUGGAACUGCAGCACCGUGGACAACACGUCUGUCUUCGGCCGGGUCAUGCAGAUAGGCAGCAGAGAAACAGCGUUCACCUACGCCAUCAGCGCUGCAGGUGUGGUGAACGCAAUCAGCCGGGCAUGCCGAGAGGGUGAGCUGUCCACCUGUGGCUGCAGCCGAGCGGCACGGCCCAGAGACCUGCCACGGGACUGGCUGUGGGGCGGCUGCGGGGACAACGUCAACUACGGCUACCGCUUCGCCAGGGAGUUUGUGGACGCACGGGAACGGGAAAAGAACUACCCACGAGGCUCCACAGAGCACGCACGCACACUAAUGAACCUGCAGAACAAUGAAGCUGGGCGAAUGGCGGUGUACAACCUGGCCAACGUGGCGUGCAAGUGCCAUGGUGUGUCAGGCUCCUGCAGCCUGAAGACGUGCUGGCUGCAGCUGGCCGACUUCCGGCGUGUGGGCGAGUUCCUCAAGGAGAAGUACGACAGUGCUGCCGCCAUGCGCAUUGGCCGGCGCGGCAAGCUGGAGCUGGUCAACAACCGCUUCAACCCUCCCACAGCCGAGGACCUGGCGUACAUUGACCCCAGCCCGGACUACUGCCUGCGCAACGAGAGCACGGGCUCGCUGGGCACUCAGGGCCGCCUCUGCAACAAAACCUCAGAGGGCAUGGACGGCUGCGAGCUGAUGUGCUGCGGCCGCGGCUACGACCAGUUCAAGACCUACAAGCAUGAGCGCUGCCACUGCAAGUUCCACUGGUGCUGCUACGUCAAGUGCAAGCGCUGCACAUCACUGGUCGACCAGUUUGUCUGCAAGUAGCCCCAGAGGUCCCCCUGGGCCGUAGGGAUGCACUAAACUAAAGGAGUUGGGGGCAGGUCUUUUUUGGGCUCAGAUGAAAAGGACGGAGCAAGAUGUACAAAGACAAUGAUAAUAAAUAUAAAGAAAAAUUUAAGUAUAUAAUUAAGUGUACGUGUGUGGUGAAUGGUAAUUUAAUGAAGUUCACUCGAGAACCGAAAGAAGCCGAACAUCUGGAGAAGGAGUCAAAAGAGUGUUGCAGAUGUGUUGCUUUGUCCUCUUUCCCUCGUCAGCGAGUUUGAAACAGGCCUGGCGUGAUCCGUGACUCUUGCUCUUUAUGAUUCUUCUCUUGAGAAACAGGAGAUGACCUUUUGAACUCAUUGCUUUAACAGCGUGCUGCCCUCCCUGAUCCCCUUCUACAGACUCGCUCCACCUCUCCUGCAUUAGAGCUCUUCAAAUCCUCGCGGCGGACAGUGACCUCGUAUGAGUACGGUGGAAUUUGGAACUAUGGGGUGAUGAGUUCAUGUUGACCUGUGAAAUCUGUGUUGCUGCGCCUCUCAAGGUCCGAAGCGCUGCCACACAGAGCCAUGGAGAUCUUAACAAUGACCCAUCUGCCAAGAUCAGAAAGAAAUAAUCCUGCCAGAGGACACUCAGCACUCUGUGUUAUGGGGAAAGUCCUCCAAAGCAACUCUACUCACAGAAACAUCUUGUCUCCUCCUAAUGAUUUAAAAUAGCCACCAGGCUUCUAGGCUUAAUAUAAAGAAGCUUUUUGCUUGGCUGACUAUUAGCUGGUAUGAGCUCUCUGUGUGUUUCAGGGUCUUCCUCGCAUCGUCUCAAGGAAUUCCAUCUUGCCCUGGGCUGAUGUCCAAUGAAUGUCGUGUUGCUUUUCACAGAUAACUGCGGUGCCUCAGUACACUGAGCUUCGCAGAAAUGAAUGUGAGUCUUGUAAGAGGGAAAAAAAAAGAUGAGGCUAUAUGAUAAGGACUGCAAAAUACUAUUGUAGUCAAACAAUAGUGGUUCAGAUUAUAUUUUAUUAAUUGCUUCUCAUGUUAUACGUCGUAUAUAUUGUUCUGAAUAUUAUUUUUUGAUACAGAGGCUUCUACUGUUGAGCUCUAUUUUAGCAGAGGCGACUUGCCACUGGAGGGAAUGGGUUCUGCUCUCGCCCGUUGUCAGGCCUUUGUCGAUCAAUGAAUUGUGAGAAAGAAUGCUAAACUUGUAAAUAACAGUCCAUGUAUGCAAAUUACACUUCAACGUGAUUACAAUGUUCAUGACUUUACAUGUUAAUCUAAAUUGUUUGCAGCCCUAUGACCAUAUGCUUGUUGUGUAUAUGUAUUUUCCCCAUCAUUCGAACCAGUAAUAUUAAAAAUAUUCAUAGUGAUGAUUA